GACCUGCCGUCGUUCGAGAGCUAAAGGGUGUAAUCUGCGAAAAAGACCCCGGUACGAUCGGUAUCGUGGUGUCUUCACAUCGUGAUUUUUUCGAUAAGGCCAUAGAAACAGCAGAUUUACCUGAUUACCCUAUCAUAUUGACUGACAUCUCUCACCAUCAGUUAGUAAUCCUUCAUCUUACCACAGAUAUUCUCCAAAAUAGACCCAUUGAAUUUUAUUCUAUCAUGACCCU